GAGGGGGCCGGGCAGGGGUGGAGGCUGAUGGCGGCGGGUGGAGGCUCCUGAGAGGGCGCAGGCCACCCCAGCCACCGCGCCCCUAUCCCUGGGGCCCCGGAGACGCACGGGCGCCCCUUCCCCAGGAAGCUGCGCAGUCUCCCUGCGGGGCUCAGGGGGGCGCCCACUGACCCACAUCAGCCAGGCCUGGGAGUGAGGGGCGUGGCCAGCGCAGGGGGGGAGGGGCUGAUGAGAGACCGACGGAAGGACAGAGAGACAUAGGCUAGGGCAGAGCCCAGCGCGAGCUGCAGAGCAGAGCACCGCCACCGCCCAGGCUAUAUUUGUCCCCGCGGAACCCCCUCCAAGCUGGGAGGGGACCUCGCCCUCCUUUGGCCCGGGGACCCCAAGCAUCCUUGGCGUCCCGUUCCGCCGUGCCCUCCAUCUGUGCCCUGCCGCGACGUGGCAGCGCCGGCGUCCUUGCUGCAGCCCGCCCUCCGUGACUCAGUUUCUCCUGGGGACCCGAAGGCCCGGCUGCCCUGCUUCCGCCUCCACACGUCCACCUUCCUGCCCGGCACCCUCACGUCCACCAGCGACGCUGCAAGGUUACCCUUGCUCGCCCCAUCAACCACCAACACCAGGUGUGCCUGAGCCAGUGCCAGCCCGCCCCACCUGCAGCCUUGGCCUGAUGCGGUGGUGACCCUCCCUGCUCUGCUCUGGCACCAUGUGGCUCAAUGGCAGUUCUCUGGGGCCCUGUUUCCGGCCAACAAACAUCACACUGGAGGAGCGGCGCCUGAUUGCCUCCCCCUGGUUCGCGGCCUCCUUCUGCCUGGUGGGCCUGGCCUCCAACCUGCUGGCACUAGGCGUGCUGGCGGGUGCGAGGCAGGGCAGCUCUUAUGGGCGCUCCUCCUUCCUGACCUUCCUCUGCGGCCUGGUCCUCACUGACUUCAUGGGACUGUUGUCCACCGGUGCCAUCGUGGUGUCCCAGCAUGCUGCCCUCUUCGACUGGCAGGCCGUGGACCCUAGCUGCCGCCUCUGCCACUUCAUGGGUGUCAUCAUGGUCUUUUUUGGCCUGUGUCCGCUGCUGCUGGGAGCUGCUAUGGCCUCAGAGCGCUUCCUGGGCAUCACCCGGCCCUUCUCGCGCCCUACGGCCACUUCACAUCGCCGGGCCUGGGCCAUGGUGGGACUGGUGUGGGCCACCGCGCUGGUGCUGGGCCUGCUGCCCCUGCUGGGAGUGGGCCGCUACACCGUGCAGUACCCGGGCUCCUGGUGCUUCCUCACGCUCGGCAGCGAGCCAGGAGAUGUGGCUUUUGGCCUCCUCUUUGCCUGUUUCGGCAGCCUCUCUGUGGGGCUAUCCUUCCUGCUCAACACAAUCAGCGUCGCCACCCUGUGCUUUGUCUACCACGGGCAGGAGACCGCCCAGCAGCGCCCGCGGGACUGCGAGGUCGAGAUGAUGGCUCAGCUCAUGGGCAUCAUGGUGGUGGCCAGUAUCUGCUGGAUGCCACUGCUGGUCUUCAUCGCCCAGACGGUGCUGCGGAGCCCGCCUGUCAUGAGCCUGACUGGGCAGCUGCCCCGAGCUACGGAGCAACAGCUGCUCAUCUACCUGCGCGUGGCCACCUGGAACCAGAUCCUCGACCCCUGGGUGUACAUCCUGUUUCGACGGGCAGUGAUCCGGCGCCUCCACCCUCGCCUCAGCACCAGGUCCAGGUCGCUCUCUCUGCAACCUCAACUCUCCCGCAGGCCCACGAUGCAGUAGAGUCUGGGCUGGACGUCGGUGGUGGCUCUGGAUGGACAGCGGACAGUGACCCUGCCAGUGUGUCCCCCAUUAAACCUUGGUCCUCCCUGAUGGUCGCUGUGAGGUCCCGGGAGUCAGGAGUGCAGGAUGGGCAAAGGGUUUGAGGGGCAGGAUUGUGCACUGUCUUCCAUCAGCCCCGAGGACCCCUGACUCUCCCCGAUCCCCCUUUCCAAGGCCUCCCUCUCCCCUCCCUCAGCCCCCUCCCCACUCUGUGUCCCCUCCCAGCCCCAGGAAGGAUGGGGGUGGUGAUUGGGAGGGUGUCUGGGGGGAAUCAGACUUGUAAGCCUCCCCUUCCAGAACUCCUCCAGAAAUGGGGGUCGCUGGCUCCUGAGUAUGACCUACUUACUUGGAGUACAGUUGGUUUCCCUUGACACCCCAACCCAAAAACGCUGUCUAGAAAAAAAUUGAAUGUGAAUGGGUAAGAUACCCUCCCUCUUGCCAAAAUAUAAUCUCCACCUGGGCUUUA